AAUUAAACAAUCAUUCGGGAUUCAGUUCGGUUUGAGGCAACUGUGUCUGCGCUCAUUCAGCCAAAUCGUAAUUAUUAAAAAAAAAUAGUGAUUAUAAAAAUUUAAUAAUGAUUGUUUGAAUAGGAAUUGAAAAUGAAUUUAUUAUUACAAGGAUUGAUAUUCCUCCUUGGGUUUAUUUUUUGUGAUGGAGGUUACGGGGUAGCAGCUCCAUCUUCGUUGGAAAACGACCCACAAAGCGAUGUUCAAGCUCCGGAAUAUUUACCGCCCAAUUUGAAAAACGCCCCUGAGUACACGUACCCAAGUGUUCCAGCCGAUCGAAGUUAUAGAUAUACGAAGAACAGGUAUUCUGGUACGAAGACCAGCUAUGGCGGAACUAAGACCGGUUAUUCAGGCAUAAAAAACAGUUAUUCGGGAACCAAAACUGGUUAUCACGGUACCAAAACGGGGUACACAGGAACGAAAACCGGUUAUACUGGUACAAAAAAUGGAUAUUCCAACGCAUAUGGCGAAAAAAGAACUUGGUAUAGUCAUAACAAUGCGCCCACAUAUCAAGAAUUCUAUGGUAACGCGAACGAACCAUACAAAGCCAAGUGUGAUCCGGAUUGUAAAAACAACGGCAUCUGCAUAGACACGAACACUUGCCAAUGCCCUGUCAACUACCAUGGCAGAUACUGCGAGUUCGAGAGGAAACCCUGCCUGGUCUAUCCUCCUCUUCCUAUGAACUCCAAGAGGAACUGCUCCAAUGAUUUCUGCACAGUACAGUGUCGGGAAGGCCACAAGUUUAUCGAUGGAUCUACGAUCGCAAACAUGCGUUGCGUGGACGGCCAAUGGCAGCCGACGCGCGCGGACUUCACCACCAUACCGGAUUGUCUGCCGGAGUGUGACCCGCCGUGUCAGAACGGAGGAGUUUGCCUCUCUUUGAACACGUGUCAAUGUCCCGAUGGUUAUCGAGGACCUGCCUGCCAGUAUUCCACCAGCGUGUGCGACAUGCGCAAACUGGCCUUCAACGGCGGCUACUCCUGCUUCGGAGACCACGAGUCCUUCUCUUGCAAAUUGCGUUGUCCAUCUGGGUCUACCUUCAGCUCGCCACCUGCGACACUAUACACGUGUAAAUACAAUACUGGAGUGUUUGAACCUCAACCGGUGCCGCACUGCGUCUUCACAUUAUUUGCAGAGGACGUAAUGGUGAUAACACCCAGCAAUUAUCACAACAGGACAUAUGAAAGCAGCACAAGUUGGAACAGUUCCACAAGCAGUAGUAGCCACUCGUACGGCUACAGUAUGACGGAGCAUGGGGAAGGGAAAUAUAUCGGUGGCAGCGGUGGGAGUUCCAUGACCGUCGUUAUUGAGGACUUGAGUCCGAAAGGCGGGACUUGCCUGACGUGGGCCGGCGUGCAUUAUAAAACUUUUGACGGCAAGAUUUACAGCUUCCAAUCUCCUUGCCAACACAUUCUAGUCAGAGAUGCUAUUGACCACAAGUAUACCAUAGCAGUCAGACAUGGAGAAUGCAAAGAUAAGGUCUUCUGUCCCAGCGAACUGACCAUCUACUUGGAAGACAAGCCCUAUAUACUGGCGGUUGGAGAGGACGGCACAGUUGCCUUCCGUAGCACCAAACGCAUGAUCCCGAUGCCGGCCUCAUUGCCUGGUAUCCGAGUGGCGAUGCCUGGAGACUUUGUCCUGGUCAACUUGGACGCGGCUGGAGUUACUGUCAAGUGGGACACUGAGAACUUGAUACUGGUGGAAGGCACAGUACAAUUAUGGAACAGCACCGAAGGUCUUUGCGGCAGUCUGGACGGCAGCGCGGCAAAUGACCUGAAGACCAAGGAGGGGGCGACAGCUAUGUCCAACACUGCUAUGGCCGCUGACUGGCAGCUGAACAAGAUUGGAGAUAUAUGUGAAAGCAAUCCAACCGAGGUCAACGCGUGCUCUUCUAAAUCAGAUGCAGAUAUGAAGAAAGCGCUUCAGUUCUGUACCAAAAUAUUCAGUAAAGACAAGUUCAGAAAGUGCUCUAAGGUGAUGGACGUAUCAAUGCUACUUGAAACUUGUCAAUGGGAUUACUGCGCCUGCGCAACUAGCCUCAGUCCAGAAGAAUGCGCUUGCAGAACAGUGUCCGUAUACGCAAAGGAGUGUUUGAGACACGGUGUCGAGGAGAUGAAGGCCUGGAGAGACGAAGACACGUGCCCUGUGAAAUGCCCAGAGGGCAAGGUCUACAAAGCGUGCGGGCCAGAUUCCCAGGCGAGCUGCGCGCUCCCCCAACUCGCGGGCAAAGUGGACAACGCUACCUGCAGCGAGGGCUGCUACUGUCCUCACGGGCUGCUGCUGGAGGGCGGCCGUUGUGUGCCCAGCGCUCACUGCCCUUGCAGGCUGAGGAACAGGAGCUUCAAGCCGGGACAGACGAUCAAGAAGGAGUGUAACACUUGUACAUGCCAAUCAGGCGAAUGGACGUGCACGCAAGUAGCUUGCGGCGCGCGCUGCAGCGCCGUGGGAGACCCGCACUACACAACCUUCGAUGGAUUGCGAUACGAUUUUAUGGGCCAUUGCACCUAUAAUCUACUAAAAAGCGACAAUUUCACUAUUGAAGUGGAGAAUGUGGCGUGCUCUGGGGCUAUCACUGAGGCAUUGAACCUAGCGCCAUACAAGGGCGAAGGCAAGCCAUCCUGCACCAAAGCAGUGUCAAUAAGUUUUGACGGUGUCGACAUCCACCUGAAGCAAGGAGGCUUCAUCCUCGUCAAUGGCAAGGAAGUGACGUCACUACCGGUCACUGUUGGCAAGGUGCGGAUACGAGCUGCUUCGUCGCUCUUUGUCAUUGUGCAACUGCCAAUAAAAGUUGAUGUGUGGUGGGACGGCCAAACCAGGGUGUUUGUCGACGUCCCCCCAACACUGCAAGGAAAAACACAGGGUCUCUGCGGCACUUUUAACUUAAACCAAAAAGACGACUUCCUAACACCCGAAGGAGAUGUCGAGCAAUCAACCCUGGCCUUUGCCAACAAAUGGAAGACCAGGGAACUGUGUGAUGACGUCAUGGCCACAGAACCGGAGCACCCUUGCAAAGCCAAUGUCGAGAAUAAGGAAGCUGCAGAAAAAUAUUGCAGUAGGCUAAAGACUACGCUGUUUUCUGAGUGCCACUGGUACGUGGACGUGGAACCGUACUACGAAGCGUGUCUGUACGACAUGUGCGCAUGCGCAGGCGAUGUGUCCAAGUGCUUGUGUCCCAUCAUCGGAGACUAUGCGAUGGCGUGUGCGCAGAAUGGCGUCAAAGUGCAAUGGCGGUACAAUGUCAAAGAAUGCGAACUGCAAUGCGCGGGCGGCCAAGAAUACACCGUUUGCGCUGACAGUUGCUUGCGACAGUGUACGGACCUAGCGCUUGUAGCUUCCGGAACUAGCGAUUGCAAGCCUUGUUGUGUUGAAGGAUGCGCGUGCCCGCCCGGACAGCUCCUAGAUGACAGCGGUGUAUGUGUGCCGGUUGGUUUGUGUCCCUGCUACCACAAAGGAAUGAAGUUCGAUGCCGAGUACAAGGAAGUUAGACCUGGAAGACGUGAGAGAGAGUUAUGCACUUGUGUGGGUGGUGUCUGGGAGUGCGUCCCGGCGACGCCCGCGGACGUCGCGCAGUACCCGCCCGCUGAAGAUCUACGAAGCAACUGCAGCGCUACUAAGAAUAUGGAGUUCACCACUUGCGAGAUCGCUGAACCCUUGACUUGCAAGAACAUGCACCUUCCUCCGUCUAGCACGAGCGAGGAAUGCCGUCCCGGUUGUCAAUGCAAGAAAGGAUUUGUACUGGACACGUCGUCUAAACAAUGUGUUUUGGCGAGCGCGUGCCCCUGUCACCACGGCGGCCGCAGCUAUCCCGACGGGCACAAGAUGCAGGAGGAAUGUAACACUUGUGAAUGCAAGAGUGGCAACUGGUCGUGCAGCGAACGCAAAUGCGCGGGAGUUUGCGCCGCGUGGGGCGACUCUCACGUCGUCACCUUCGACGGCGCGGACUACGACUUCGAGGGCGUGUGCACCUAUCUGCUUGCUAAGGGCUCCAUGGAUGCUGAUGAUGGCUUCGUUGUGGAGAUUCAGAACGUGCCUUGUGGAACCACUGGCGCAACUUGCUCCAAGUCAGUGGUGCUCAAAGUGGGCACUCCUGGCAGCGAGGAAGUCGUUUCACUCACCAGAAAUUCGCCGUUGCCUGACACUACUAAACUCAAAAGGAUCAAAUUGCGUUUGGCGGGUGCGUACGUAUUUUUGGAUGUGCCAUCUCUGGGAGUCAGUCUGCAAUGGGACAGAGAGCUGCGAGUCUACGUCAAAGUUGACUCGCUUUGGCAAGGCCGGGUGAAAGGUCUAUGCGGCAACUACAACGCGGACACUCGCGACGACUUCCAGACUCCAUCUGGUGGUGGAAUGGCGGAAUCUUCUCCCCUUAUAUUUGCAGACUCUUGGAAACUCAAAUCUACUUGCCCAAAACCCCAGCCAGUUGGGGACCACUGCAAACAGCGUCCGGAGCGCAACGAGUGGGCCACGGCAACCUGUGGCUCACUAAAACGCUUCCCAUUCUCCCUCUGCCACUCUGAAGUUCCCGCAGACAAGUGGCUGCAGAGGUGUGAGAAGGACGCGUGCGCGUGUGACGCGGGCGGGGACUGCGCGUGCGCGUGCGCUGCGCUCGCCGCGUACGCGCACGCGUGCGCGAUGCGCGGCGUUACGUUUAAGUGGAGGACGCCGGAAUUGUGCCCUAUGCAAUGUGACGAGGAAUGCUCUAACUACGACGCAUGCGUGUCUCCGUGUCCGCUGGAAACCUGCGACAAUACUAUGGACUACGCUGAUUUGAACACUCAGUGCGGACAGGACGCCUGUGUUGAAGGUUGCAAGCCAAAGAAUUCUUGCCCCGAAGGCUCUGUGUACUCCAACAGUUCUCUGACUGAAUGUGUCCCGAGAGCCAAAUGCAAACCAGUCUGCAUGACCCUGGAAGAUGGUACAGAGGUUCCUGAAGGAGGGGUCAUUGAGGAGGAUGCCUGUCACUCAUGUAGAUGCUCGAAGAAACAUAAAGUGUGCACGGGGCAGCCCUGUUCUACGGUGGCGCCAACUGCAACAAUAACAGCUACGUCUCCGAAGCCCCACGACGAGCCCCUGAAGUGCGCGUCAGGUUGGUCGGACUGGGUCAGCAAGCACACGCCCGAAGUCAAUGCCAAGGGACAAUCUGUGGACUUGGAGCCACUACCAGAGCACAAAGACUUUCAAAUCGGCUCCCCGAUGUGCAAACCCGAUAUGAUGACAAAGAUCGAAUGCCGGACCAAAGUGAACCAUCAGACUCCAAAACAAACUGGCUUAGACGUGGAGUGCAGUCUGGAGCGGGGACUAGUGUGUCGGGAGACUGGCAACACCUGCCCUGACUUCGAGAUACGAGUGUAUUGCCAGUGCGAAGAGGAAUUCCAAUGUCUAAACGCGGACCACCCCAGCUACCCUCACCCCAAGAACUGCGCUCAGUUCUACGAGUGCACCCCCGACCUCAUGCACCCGGACAAACCGCACACAGCUCUGAAGAACUGCGCUGAAGGCACUUUGUACAACCCCAACAGCAUGGUUUGUGAUUGGCCGUCGACGGUGUUUGAAAUAAGACCGGAGUGCAAGAAUGAGACGGAGCUUCCUACUACUCCUCAAACGUAUCCUGAUACUACUUUCAAUUUCGAACCCGUGCGCCCGCGCCCGCGCCCGUGCGCCGCGGGCCGCGCGCUGCAGCCGUGCGCGUUCCCGUGCGACCAGCUCUGCGACCAUUUCCUGCACGUCCUCAACGACAGGGGGCUAUGUAGACCCGGAGAGAAAUGCGCAGACGCCUGCGUAGAAGAAUCUGAAAAGGAAAAAAAAUGCGGAAAAGGGUUGAUGUGGAGGGAUGAGAAGACUUGCGUGCCUGUCAAGGAUUGUACCUGCUAUUCUGAGGGCAAGGUUAUCAAGCCCGGCGGCGUCAUAACUAGCGACUGUAUGAAAUGUCAAUGCUUAAACAACGACCUUCACUGUGACACGUCGGACUGCCUCUCCACCCCCCUCGCCACCACCCACGAGCGCCUCAUCGCCACCAACGAAUUAGGGAGGCUCCUAGAGUUCACGGAAACUCCUACUACCGAAGCUACCACGACUGAGAAACCUACCACGGUUCAAGUGCCAUCGACGACGAAUACGCCGUUGAUCGUUGUUAGCACGACGUCGCCGCCGCCCGAAUGCUCUCCAGAUAGCUACAAAAGAUUGUUGUGGGGAGACCAGCCACUAUCCGACUCUGCCUUCACCGCCAGCUCAAUUUCAAAUGAUUUCUUCAAGCCCCAAAACGCCAUUCUAGAUGGAUCCACAACUCAUGUUAGCGCUGGCAGUUGGACGCCCGAAGUCAUGGACCAGCAGCAGUAUAUCCAAGUGGAGUUCCCGCACCCCGAGCCCAUCUACGGGGUAGUGGUGCAAGGGAGCCCUAUUUUCGACCAGUACGUCACCAGCUAUGAGCUGAUGUAUGGAGACGAUGCCAAUGUCUUCUCCAAGGUCAAUGACGCUGACGGCAAGCCCAAGGUGUUCCGCGGACCAGUGGACCACAAGAAAGCCAUGAAGCAAAUGCUGGAGCCGCCGAUCGAGGCCAAGUUCCUCCGUCUCCGGCCGCUGACGUGGCACAAGGACAUCGCCGUCCGCUUCGAAGUCAUCGGCUGUCAGGAACCGAAGACUACUGAGGAGCUCACUACCACUACCGUUACUCCUUCACCUAUCCAAUGCACAGAGCCGUUAGGUUUAGCAGCAGAUCUCCCAGUAGAGAAUAUAGAAGUGAGCUCCAACAACGACGCACGUCAGUACUUCCAGUUGCAAGCUGAGCGGGGCUGGAGGCCUGCGUACAGCACGCCCGGAGAAUGGAUCAUGUUCGACUUCAUGGCACCUCGUAACAUAACUGGCAUUAAGACGAAGGGCGGGCCUAAAGGAUGGGUGACAGCAUACAAUGUCAUGUACACCUCGGACCUCAACACUUUCAAUCCUGUCAUCGAUAGCGAUGGAAGUUAUAAGUUGUUCCCCGCAAACUUCGACUCCGAAUCAGUGGUAACCAAUGAAUUCCGAUUGCCGAUACACGCGCGCUAUCUUAAAGUGCUGCCGCUCAAAUGGAAGGACGCCAUCGAAAUGAGGAUAGAGCCUAUUGGUUGUUUUGAACCUUACCCCACUCCAACAACGGUAGCCCCAGAGAUAUCGUCAGCCGCCCCUUGUUCAUUAUGCCCCGGGGUGCCCGCACCUGUGACGACACAAUCAUGCGCGUGCGCUGCCCCGCAAUAUUACGACGGGGAAAACUGCGUGUCACGUGAUCAGUGUCCGUGUGUCGAAGGGUUUAUUUCGUACUCCGUGGGUUCAAGUUUCCGAGGGUCGAACUGCGACGAGUGUGUCUGCAAGCUCGGCGGUGUGACCGACUGCAAGCCUGUCAAGGAGUGCCUUUGUGCACCGGAUCUAGUCCCGAAGCUAUCUGAAACCACCUGCGAGUGCCUCUGCUCUCCUUGUCCUAACACCACCAAAAUCUGCCCCACUUCCAAGCUCUGCCUGCCCCUGGAGAAGUGGUGCGAUGGUCUGCAAGACUGUCCUGAUGAUGAACUUGGCUGUACCACCUCCACCACAACGGUUACUAUAGAACCAACUGUUGUGACUACUGUAGCGCCAAGCGCCGCUGCUAUGAUCUCAACAACAGUUCCUGUUACUACAGUGACCACGCCUAAACCGGUAGAAUGUCCGCCUGUGGAAUGUCCCCCCGGCUACCUCGUCCGGUACACAAGCGCACAAUCAGUGUACACCGACUCUGAACUGCCUCCUCCGCGGCCGAGGUACUCCUACCAGCGGUACUUCAGAGGGGGGCCGGCUAAAGGCAGCGGUGGCGGUGGAGGCUACUCCAAAGGAGGCUACUCCAAAGGAGGAUACUCAAAGGGAGGAUUCUCUAAAGGCGGUUAUGGUGGUGGAUACGGUCAGCCCACAGCAGCGCCGCAAACAGACCGCUUCACCCUAGCCAAGCCGACCAUAACCAAUCACAGCCAACCGGCCGUGUGCCCUCAGUUCAAGUGCGUGCCGAAGCUCCCCCCUCCCCCCAAGCCGGGCCUCCCCCCCGCCGCCCGCGUGUGCGCCACGCCUGCGUGUCCCCCCAGAUACUCGCUCAAGUUGGACGGGAUUGCUGAUGAUCAGUGUCCACAAUACGUGUGCGCGCCCCCAGCGGAGCGGCCGGCGUGGUGCAACGUGACGGGGCGCACGUUCAACACCUUCGACGGCGCGGAGUACAAGUACGACGUCUGCUUCCACAUCCUCGCCAGGGACAACAAGUUCGACGCCUGGUCUGUGCUUGUCCGCAAGAAGUGCCGAGUGGAAGGCUGCCAGAAUGAGCUCAUCGUCCACCAAGACGACCAACUGAUCGUCGUGAAGCCCAACCUCAUGAUAGAGUACGACAAUUACGAGUACACGGUCGAGCAGACCUCUAAGAUCUGCUUCCAGAAGAACAGCUUCGAUGUGGACAAGUUGGGCAACGGGUUGGCUAUCAAAUCUAGGAAAUACAACAUCACUGUGCUGUAUACCACCGAUGGAGAUAUUAAAAUUGGCGUGCCAACGAAAUACAAGGGUUCUGUGGACGGCAUGUGCGGCGCGUACGACGGCGACGCGCGCAACGAGCGGCGCUCGCCGACCGGCGCGGCGGCCGCCAGCCUGGAGCUGUUCGGCCGCAGCUGGGCGCGGCCCGGGCUGCCGCGCGCCGCUUGCCGCACUGCGCUCGUCUCGCAGGAGACGCAGCGGCGGGCGUGGGCGCUCUGCGACGUCAUCACACAUGAGCCAUUCUCAAAGUGCGGCAAAGUGCUCAACUUGGACAAAUGGCGCACAAUAUGCCUAGAGAAGAUAUGCGAGUGUGAAAAACUUGUGAUCAACGGCACAAAGAGGACAUCGGAAGAGUGCCGGUGUUUGCUGCUCGAGACGCUCGUAGGGGAGUGUAUGGCUGCCGAUAGAGAUGUCAAUCUCGAAGGCUGGAGAAUGCAGAUGGACUGCCCCGCGGAAUGUCCCCCCCCGCUGGUCCACUCGGACUGCUACCGCAAGCGCUGCGAGCCCGCUUGCUCCACGCUCGGCCCCAGGCGGUGCCCCUCGGAGGACGGCCACUGCUUCCCCGGCUGCUAUUGUCCUGAAGGAAUGCUGAGGAAGGGUGACCAAUGUAUCCCGCCCGCUGACUGUCUCGACUGCACAUGUAAAGGCGUAGGCACACCAGCCAGCUACACUACCUUCCAAGGAGAUGAGUUCCCAUUCCUGGGCAACUGUACAUACCUCGCCUCCCGCGAUAGGAACGAAACUGGACACCAUAAAUAUCAGGUAUAUGCUACAAAUGGCCCAUGCGAAGGGAAGACCGACGUAACUUGCACUAAAGCUGUCCACGUCAUCUACGACAAGAAUGUGAUUCAUAUCACUAAGGAUCCUAACACGAAGAAGUUACAAAUGACAAAGGGCGAAACUCCAGUAUUUAAGUUCCCGCUGAGCACUGAUUGGAUGACAGCGGACUUGCUGAACAAACAGGACCUCAGUCUGAUGCUGAUUGACAUUCAUGUCCAGGUGAUAGUUGAACAGUCGAAGAUGGAGUUUAGCGUGAAGCUGCCGACCCAUCUCUACAGCAAUCGCACCGAGGGGCUGUGCGGGGCGUGCGGCGGCUCCGAGCCGGUGCUCCUCACCAGGAACGGCACUGUUACCGAUGAUGUUGACGAGUUCGGUUCGAGCUGGCAAGCCAGCGCAGCAGCGCUCGCGGCGCUGGGCGCGCACGCGCACGCGCACGCGCACGCGGAGUGCGGCGCGCCCUCGCCGCCGCCGCCGUGUGUCCCGCCCCCGUCCGAGUCCAACCCUUGCUAUACUCUGUUCAACCCGGACAUCUUUGGUGCUUGUCACGCGCUGGUGGACCCUCAAAGCUACGUAGAAUCCUGUUCGUCAGACCUGUGCGCUCUAAACUCCACGGACGCUUGCGACACAAUGCGGCGCUACGCAAGCGCUUGCGCAGGUCUGGGCGUCUGCCUCGACUGGAGGACAAAGGCUAAGUGUCCUUAUGAGUGUCAUGUGCCCCUGGUGUACCAGCCGUGUGUGAAAUGUGAGCGCACGUGUGAGAACUAUGACGAGCUCAAACAGAACCCGGACAAGUGUGAACAGCCCGUUGUCGAGGGCUGCUACUGCCCUCAAGGACAGGUCCGCGUAAACAACACCUGUAUAGAAGCGAGCAAAUGCUUCCCGUGCGAUGCGAAGAAGGAGCACUAUGCUGGAGACGAGUGGCAGGAGGACGCGUGCACGAAAUGCACGUGCAGCAAACUGUCUUCCGAGAACGCAGCACACGUGUCGUGCACCACGCAGACCUGCACCACGCCCGUCUGCUCCAACGAUGAGGAUCUCGUCACCAAACACAGUGACGCCACACGCUGUUGCAAGGACUACAUGUGUGUCCCCAAACCCAAAGACAAUACGGUGUGUGACGAACCAAAGAAGAUUGUGUGCGGAGCGGGUCAAGUGCUCAAACAGAAGACCACGCCCAACGGCUGUCAGGAGUUUGCUUGUGAAUGCAAACCGGCCAGCGAAUGCGAGCCUCUGCCCAACGAGAAUGAAGUGGAGAUCAUGGAGGCCGGCAUGGAGCGCCUCGUGGACCGCAGCGGGUGCUGCCCCACUGUGCAGAUGGUCUGCCGCAAGGACACCUGUCCGGAGAAACCUGAGUGCCCCAAGUUCCAUACUCUGAAGACUCUUGAUGUUGGGAAGUGCUGCCCGGAGUAUAAGUGUGAGAUACCAAAAGACAAAUGCAUCGUAAACUUGGAAUGGGAAGCGGCACCAAGAGGCGGCGAGAAGGCCAGGGAUGUGCCCGAAGUUGUGCUGAAAGAUUUGGGGUCGGUAUGGCUGGACGGCCCGUGCCGCUCGUGCCGCUGCUCCGCGGCGGAGGUCGCGGGCGCGGAGGCGAGCGCGAGGUCGCGCUGCGUGGUGUCGGCGUGCGCAGCGCCGCCGUGGGACGCGCAGCUGGUGUGGGAGCCGCGCGCUGUGCCCUUCGCUUGCUGCGCGCGCUACGAGCGCGUCGCCUGUCGGCACGGGGGGGACGUCUACCGGGUCGGCGAGAAUUGGACCUCUCCCUACAAUCCCUGCGAAUCUUACCGCUGCGAACAACUGGAGGACGGGAAACUUGAGAAGGUCACCACGGUCAAGCAUUGUGAUGAAGACUGCCCACUGGGUUCAAAAUACAUCCCAGCGGAAGCAGACAGCAAGCAAUGCUGCGGCAAGUGCAAGCCUGUGGCGUGCGCAGUGCGCGGGAGCGAGCGACGCGUCGGCGAGGAGUGGGCGUCCCAAGACUUCUGUACCCGCUACUCCUGUGUGGACGUUAACGGCACCUUGCAAGUCCAAUCAAGCGAUGAAACAUGUCCAGAGAUAUCGGAAGCUGUGCGCAAGCAGUUCGUCCUAAAAGAAGAGAAAGUCCCCGGGAAAUGUUGUCCCACAAGUGAACCAGUGGCUUGCCGCGUCGGCAACAAGAUAUACCAGGAGGGCCAAACGUACCCCACUUCGGAUCCGUGCAAGAACAUGACGUGUUCCCGCGACGAGAACAACAAGCUGGCGCACGUGGCCCGCGUGCAGACCUGCGACAACAACUGUCGCAGAGGCUGGGUGUACAAACUACCUGCCGAGGGCGAAUGCUGUGGCCGGUGUGUGCAGGACAAGUGUGUGCUCGAUGACGAGUUGAAGACACCAGGCGAAGUGUGGUACUCGGCCGACAACUGCACCACCUACUCGUGCGACAAGUCCGGGGAGGAGGUGCAAGUGAGCGCGUCCCGCCAGAGCUGCCCCGACGUCAGCGGCUGCGACGCGCGGGACCUCGUCAACGGGACCUGCUGUGUCGUCUGCGUCGAGAAACCGCAGGCCUUGAGCACGUGCGUCCCGAAACCGAUAAGAAGCUCGGACACAAUAAUGAUGGUCCGCGUGCACCUCGGUCCUCACGGGCUGUGCGUAAACAAGGAGCCGAUCAAGGGACUCAACGAGUGCAAGGGAUACUGCGACUCCGGCACUACUUUCAGUAAUGCGACAUCGAGCCACACAUCGUCAUGCUCGUGCUGCCAGGCCGUGAGAUACGCGGCGCUGACUGUAGCGCUCGCGUGCGCGGACGGCAGCCGCCAGCAGCACCGCCUGGCCGCGCCCGCUAGCUGCAGCUGUCGCGGCUGCGGCGCCGGCUCCGUGCUGCCCGACACUGCCGCAGGUCCAAGUAACACCAAAACUGGCUACCGUCACGGGCCCGACAGCUUCGACUACGAGAUUCCGGAGAUCUACCAACGAUUUGGCAGCCCCAAACCUCCCAGAAGCAGGAGGUAAGGUUCCAGGUAUGAGGUUCUUGUUUUUAACCCAAAAAUGGUGGGGAGAAAAUUAUCGCCAGCGACCAAUGAAAGUGCUUUAAAAUUAGAUUUAACUAUGUAUAAAUGUGGAAUAAAUAAUAUAUUUUA